AUGAAGAGUAUUCAAACUUUGAUUGUUGCUGUCCUCUUGGCUUGCUGUGCCAUGACUGUUGUUUUGGCAACUGACAGCACCACUUCAAAUUUUAGAGACGCACUCUACAAUUACGUUCACUCACCAAGCAGUGUCUUUUCCUAUAAGCUCGUUGACACUGCUGUCGGUGCCAAUGCCACUGUCUAUACAUUGAAUGUUACCUCUGUUGCUUGGUUGCCAGAAUCAGAAAUUGGUUCUACCCAUAUUUGGUAUCAUUACGUAACUGUAGCCAUCCCAAAUAAUUUGAAUCGAGCCAACUCUCAAGGUUUCUUCUUCAUUACCAAUGGCGAUGUCGGUCUCCCUGCUCCAGGAAUUUCUGAAGCCAAUUCCUCUCCACCCAACAUUGUGGCCUAUUCUUCAAAACUUGCUUCGACCACUAAAAGCAUUGCAGCAAAUUUAUUCAUGAUUCCUAAUCAAGUCAUGACUUAUAAUUCAGAUCCAGCUCAUCUCGUUCGUCGUGAAGAUGCAAUCAUUGGCUAUGGAUGGGAAAAGUUUAUGAAUAAUACUUCCAGUAAUUUGUUGUAUGUGACUCAAUUGCCAAUGGUGAAGGCAUCGAAAUUGGCAAUGGAUGCAGUGGUGCAAUUCGUACAACAAACGUUGAAUUAUCAAUUGGAGUCCUUUGCUGUGAGCGGUGCUUCCAAGAGAGGAUGGACAACCAUCUUAUUAGGAGGUGUGGAUCAUCGUGUCAAGUCGAUCAUUCCACUCGUCAUUCCAACCUUUGGUACUGCCAAGUUUAUUGAACAUACUUAUAACAACUUGUGUGCAUGGCCUUGGGCAUUCUAUGACUAUGUUACCAAUGGAGUGACGGAUUAUCUUUACAAACCACAAUUUGAGAGUUUGACAGAUAUUGUGGAUCCGCUCAAUUAUCGAAGAUUGAAAUCCAUUCCCAAGUAUCAAGUGAUGGCUAUGGGUGAUGAAUUCUUUGCCCCAGAUCUCAAUGAUCUUUCCUAUCGACAAGUGAAAGGUGAAAAGUAUGUUCGUUAUGUACCAAAUAGUGGCCACUCCAUGAGCGGUUCUGAUGUCAUGGAGGUUCUUCUCACUUAUCAAUAUGCUCGUUUGAACAACAUUGCUUUACCAAAAUACACAUUCACACGUGAAUGGGUCUCUGAAGGUGUGAUUAUCAACGUCCGUGUGAAGAAUGGAAAGAAACCAACUCGUGUGAGUUUAUGGCAAGCUACCAAUCCAAAUGGACGUGAUUUUAGAACCACAACGAUCGGCGCCAAUGUCUGGACCUCAACUGUUUUGAGUGAAGUUAAACCUUUCGAAUGGCAAGUGUUGGUUAGAAAUCCAAGCAAUGGAUAUACUGCAGCAACGGUGGAAUUGGUCUUUGAGAAUUAUAUUGAUGGGGUGGAAUUGGCUCCAUUGAAGUUUACAACCAACGCAUACGUCACUCCAAAUACUACACCAUGCGAGAUUAGCCCAACCAAUUUGCCUUCUCAUCAACUCGUGUAA